CCUCACCUGCUGCCCUCCCACCCCACCACUCUCCCUCCUCUCUCUUUCCUCCCAACCUCUUGCGGCCACACGAGCCAAGCAGCGAGACCCCCGGAUCGAAACGCACACCGGCGGCGAUGGCGAUGGCGGCGCUGCGACGGGACGGGAGGCGCGUCCUCCUCUCCUCCACCCCAUCCCCGGCGGCCGCCAUGGCCGCGCGCUCCCCCGCCGCCGCCCACCAGGAGAUUGCCCCACUAGGCGCACGUUCUGUUUCAACACAAGUUGUGAGAACCCGCAUGAAGAGUGUUAGGAACAUCCAGAAGAUUACAAAAGCAAUGAAGAUGGUUGCAGCAUCAAAGCUUCGAGCUGUUCAAAUAAGAACAGAAAAUUCACGUGGUCUAUGGCAGCCAUUCACCGCUCUUCUUGGGGAUGUCCCUAGUGUCGAUGUCAAGAAGAAUGUUAUUGUAGCCAUUACCUCUGACAAGGGUCUUUGUGGUGGUAUCAACUCAACGUCAGUUAAAGUCAGCAAAGCACUCCACAAGUUGACUUCUGGACCAGAGAAAGAAAGCAAGUAUGUCAUAUUAGGAGAAAAGGGUAAAGUUCAACUCAUUCGUGACUCCAAGGAUAACAUCGAGAUGACAGUAUCUGAGUUGCAGAAGAACCCUAUCAACUACACACAGAUUGCUGUGCUGGCAGAUGAUAUCUUGAAAAAUGUUGAGUAUGAUGCUCUAAGGGUUGUUUUUAACAAGUUCCACUCGGUCAUAUCAUUCAAGCCCACAAUGACAACCAUACUUUCCCCAGAGGUUAUGGAGAAAGAAUCGGAAUCUGGUAAGGUUGGUGACCUGGAUUCAUAUGAAAUUGAAGGAGGUGAAACUAAAUCAGAAAUUCUUCAGAAUCUUACCGAGUUCCAGUUUUCUUGUGUUAUGUAUAAUGCUGCUCUAGAGAAUGCAUGCAGUGAGCUUGGAGCACGUAUGUCUGCCAUGGACAGCUCCAGCAGAAACGCUGGUGAAAUGCUUGAUCGACUCACCCUCACAUACAACAGGACACGUCAAGCAUCUAUCACUACAGAGCUCAUUGAGAUUAUCUCUGGCGCUUCUGCCCUUGAGGGAUAAUGAUGAAACUUUUGCCCAUCUUUUUUUGUUUUGCUGUUCGAAAAAAGUUCACUUGUCAUAUGGAGCAGCCUUUCCCUCGAGUGGAUCCUCAUGCUAAGUUGCAAUAAUUAGCCCAGUUACGUGACGGUGCUAUGCAUAUAUCAGAAAUGCUUGUUCCAGUCAUCCUUGUUUAUCUGAAUGGCGACGUAUUUUAAACAAUCUUUUACAGCUGUGUUCAUUUUGCAUAAAUGAUUGAUCACUGUUCUGCGUUGAAUUUAUCUAGAGCUUUCUCUUUUC